UGUCUUUAUCUUCCCUCCCCCCACGUGUGUACAGCGGUCUCGGGUGGAAUGUUUGUUGAUGUACAGCUAUAAGUAGAAACGUAUCAAAAUUACUGUUCUAAUAUAUAUUUAUCGGAGUAAUGUUGAAAUCAAAAACUUUCGUAAAGAAAACCCGAUCAGGCGGGAUUAUGAAAAUAGUGCGUGAGCACUACCUGCGAGACGAUAUUUGGUGCGGAAGUGAAGUUUGUACUGAAUGCAAUCAAGAAGAGUCUGUGUUGCAGAAAGACGCUUGCAUUGAAAGCAACUUGUGUUCUUUCCCCCACUAUCUGCUCCCAGACACAAAUGUUGUGUUGAGCCAGAUUGAUAUCCUGGAGGAUCCCUUGAUCAAGAACGUGAUCAUUCUGCAGACUGUACUCCAAGAGGUCCGCCACAGGAGCGCUCCCAUCUACAAGCGAUUGAAAGACAUCCUUCAUGACAAGGAAAAACGCUUUUACACUUUCACUAACGAACAUCACAGAGAAACGUAUAUAGAGAGAGAGCAGGGGGAAAGCGCCAACGAUCGUAAUGACAGAGCCAUCCGCGUAUCUACAAAGUGGUACAGUGAUCACCUGAAAAACACCCCCACGGACGAGGGGUUAAAGGUUGUUCUGCUGACCAAUGACCGGGGCAACAAGGAGAAAGCAGAGGAGUCCGGCCUGCUCACAUACAGAUGUGAGGAGUACGUCAAGAGUCUGAUAGCCAACCCUGAGCUGGUGGAUCGACUGGCGUUGACCAACGAUGACAAGAAUGAGAUCACCAGCAGUAAGGUGAUGUUCCCGGAGCACCUGCCCCUGUCUAGGAUCCAGUCUGGGAUUAAGAGUGGAACCUUCCAACAGGGAACGUUCCGGGCUAGCAGAGACAACUACCUGGAGGCUACUGUGUUUGUCCACAGAGAAGGAGAUGACAGUACAGAGGUUCUGAUCCAAGGCCUACAGAACUUGAACAGGGCUGUCCAUCAGGAUGUGGUUGCUGUGGAGAUCCUGCCUCUGAACCAAUGGGUGGCUCCGUCCUCUGUGGUGCUGCAGGACGAGGGGCCCAAGGAGGAUGAUGUCACAGAGGAGGAGGAGGCAGAGUUGAAGAGGGGUCCGUCUGGGGCGGAGUCACGGAAACCCACAGGCAGAGUGGUGGGCAUCAUCAAGAGGAACUGGAGACCCUUCUGUGGCAUGCUCUUCCUGUCCCAAAUCAAAGAGGCGACCCGUCACCUCUUCACCCCAGCUGACCGUUGUAUCCCCAGGAUCCGCAUCGAGACCCGCCAGGCGGCCACGUUGGCAGGACAGAGGAUCAUGGUGGCUAUCGACGGCUGGCCCAAGCACUCCAGAUACCCCAAUGGUCAUUUUGUUCGUAGCCUGGGCAGUGCAGGGGACAAGGAGACAGAGACGGAGGUGCUACUGCUGGAGCAUGAUGUCCCACACCAGGACUUCUCACAGGCCGUCCUCAGUUUCCUCCCCAAGAUGCCCUGGAACAUCACAGAGGAGGACAUGGCUGUGAGAGAGGACCUGAGGAACCUGACAGUCUGCAGUGUGGAUCCUCCUGGCUGUACUGACAUAGAUGAUGCUCUGCACUGUAGAGACCUGCCCAAUGGGAACCAAGAGGUGGGACCCUGCUGGACUAACACACAGUUUACCACAACGUUUUAUUUGAUGGAUGAAUGUUUGGAUGAGGUUGGUGUCCACAUUGCUGAUGUGAGCCACUUCAUACGGCCAGGCAACACCAUGGACCUGGAAGCAGCUAACAGAGGGACUACAGUCUACCUGACUGGAAGGAGGAUCGACAUGGUUCCUGAACUGCUGAGCUCUAACCUGUGUUCCCUACGGUCCAAUGUGGAGAGGCUGGCCUUCUCUUGUAUAUGGGAGAUCAACGACAAGGCUGAGAUAGUUAAGACCAGAUUCACUAAAAGUGUCAUCAACUCCAAGGCCUCCCUGACGUACGCUGAGGCCCAGAUGAGGAUUGAUGACACCAACAUGAAUGAUGACACCACCAAGAGCUUACGAGGCCUGAACAGACUAGCCAAGAUCCUGAAGAAACAGAGGAUAGAGAAAGGUGCGUUGACUCUCUCCUCGCCCGAGGUUCGCUUCCACAUCGACAGUGAGACUCACGACCCCAUAGACCUACAGACCAAGGAGCUCAAGGAGACCAACUCGAUGGUGGAGGAGUUCAUGUUGCUGGCCAACAUCUCAGUAGCUCAGAAGAUUUAUGAUGAGUUCUCAGAGUGUGCUCUUCUCAGGAAGCACCCCGCCCCUCCUCCAUCUAACUAUGACAUCCUCAACAAGGCUGCCAAGUCUAAGGACUUGGUGAUCCACACGGACUCGGCCAAGGCUCUAGCUGACUCUCUGGACGCGGCCCAGGUGGACGGCUUCCCUUACUUCAACACAUUGCUGCGUAUCCUAGCAACACGAUGCAUGAUGCAGGCUGUGUACUUCUGCUCCGGGAUGGACAGUGACUUCCACCACUAUGGACUGGCCUCUCCCAUCUACACCCACUUCACAUCACCUAUCAGACGAUACUCUGACAUCAUAGUGCAUCGGCUGCUGGCUGUAGCCAUCGGAGCAGACAGCACCUACCCAGACCUGAUGGACAAACACAAGCAGUCUGCCCUCUGCAACAACCUCAACUACAGACACAAGAUGGCCCAGUACGCACAGAGAGCCUCUGUAGCCUUCCACACACAGCUGUUCUUCAAGAGCAGAGGCAUCCUGAACGAGGAGGGAUUCAUCCUGUUUGUGAGGAAGAACGCCAUCAUCGUCCUCAUCCCUAAGUUUGGUCUGGAGGGAACAGUGUUCUUCGAGAACAAAGACAAACCCAGCCCCAAACUGAUCUUCAACGAAGAGGCUCCUAGUCUGACGGUGGAGGGUCACUCCUUCAACAUGUUUGACAAGGUCAAAGUGACCAUCAGUCUGGACGCGUCCAACGUCCAGCACCAGAAGAUCAGGAUGUCCCUGGUCGAACCUGUGAUCUGUGGAGUGAGUGUUGCGCCGUCUGAGCCCGAACCAGAGGCCAAGAGAGCUAAACUGGACCGCUGACUAACGCCAUCCUCAGAAUGAAACCUUUCUCUUAGCUCAGUUUUGAGUUAUUUUAAAAUGUUAAGCUUUUUUUCUACAUGACAAGCACAGAACAUCCUGUGGUUAAUAUGGUUAUGAUUUUAAAACCUUCAGUCAUAGAAACAUUCAGAAAACCUUUUUUUCCCCCCUUGACCUAUAGAACGUCAACCUUCCAGAUGAAUGUUAUUGAGAUGACAGUAACCUGUAGAAUGGGGUGAUGUACUGUGCCAUGAUUAUAAUGGAUUUCUAUUCCUGACCCAUGGGGUUUGUAUGGACUAUUCUAGAGGGAGUGUUACCUUGUACAACUCCCAAUAAAUGUCUUGGUUUUAACCAAUGGUCCUUUUC